ACACACACACACACACAUCUCCAGUGGCUCUCUCUAUCUCCCCCAGCCUCUGUCAUCUUCACUGGGCCACCAGACCUCCCUGGGUCCCUGAGCAGCAGCGGCAGGAGCAGCAGUCAUGGUCCUGUACCACCGUGAGUUUGAGCAGGCGGGGAAGUGCUCUGGCGUGCAGGUGUGGAGGAUUGAGAAGAUGGAGCUGGUGCCAGUGUCUCCUCGCUUCCACGGGAGCUUCUACGUCGGGGACGCCUACCUGGUGCUCCGCACCGUCAAGACCAAGGACACGCCCUCUUACGACCUGCACUACUGGCUGGGUAAUGAGUGCACGCAGGAUGAAAGCACAGCGGCGGCAAUUUUCACCAUCCAGAUGGACGACUAUCUGGGCGGCAGACCAGUGCAGUACCGCGAGCUGCAGGGCUACGAGUCCACCACAUUCACCAGCUACUUCAGAGGAGGAAUCACCUACAAGGCCGGUGGAGUAGCGUCUGGCUUCCAGCACGUGGUGACUAAUGACCUCUCCGCCCGGAGACUUUUCCACAUCAAGGGCCGACGCGUCGUCAGGGCAACCCAGGUGCCUUUGGAUUGGAAGAGCUUUAACAAGGGUGACUGUUUCAUCAUCGACCUGGGCGCGGUCAUCUACCAGUGGUGCGGCUCCUCGUGCAACAAGUUUGAAAGGCUGAAGGCUGCGCAGGUGGCGACUGGUAUCCGUGACAACGAGAGGAAUGGACGCGCUCAGCUGGUGAUUGUGGAGGAGGGAAGUGAGCCUGAUGAGGUCACCAAGGUUCUUGGGAAGAAGCCUGACCUGCCGGAGGGAGAUGACAAUGAUGAUAAUGUUGCUGACAUCUCAAACAGGAAAAUGGCCAAACUUUACAUGGUGUCAGAUGCCACUGGUGAGAUGGCCGUGUCCUUGGUAACGGAGGAGAACCCGUUCCCCCAGAGCAGUCUCCUCUCAGACGAGUGCUUCAUCCUCGACCACGGCAAGAGUGGACGGAUCUUUGUCUGGAAAGGGCGUAAUGCCAACCCCAAUGAGCGCAAGGCAGCCAUGAAGACGGCCGAGGGCUUCAUCAAACAGAUGGGUUACCCUGGCAACACCCAGAUUGCGGUGCUCCCUGAGGGAGGUGAGACGCCCAUCUUCCAGCAGUUCUUUAAGAGCUGGCGCUCACGGGAGCAGAGCGAGGGCUUCGGCCGCGUCUACGUCACCGAGCGCAUCGCACGGAUCCAGCAGGUGCCCUUCGACGCGUCCAAACUGCACGAAUCCCAGCAGAUGGCCGCACAGUACAACAUGGUGGACGACGGCACGGGCGACACACAGAUCUGGAGAGUAGAGAGUAGUGGUCGAGUGGCUAUCGACCCAAAGGAGUACGGGCAGUUCUACGGGGGAGACUGCUACAUCAUCCUCUACACCUACAAGAGGGGGCAGAUCAUCUACACCUGGCAGGGCUCCAGCAGUACUCGUGAUGAGCUUACAGCUUCCGCCUUCCUCACUGUGGAACUGGACCGGUCACUGGGGGACAACGCGGUGCAGGUUAGGGUCACUCAGGGAAAAGAGCCGGCUCACCUGUUGAGUCUCUUUAAGGACAGACCCCUGGUGGUGUAUCGGAGUGGUACGUCCCGUAAGGGGGGUCAGACUGCCCCUCCCCCCACACGCCUCUUCCAGGUGCGCCGCAACCUGGCCACCAUCACGCGCAUCGCUGAGGUGGAGGCGCGCGCGGGCAGCCUGAACUCCAACGACGCGUACCUGCUGCAGGUGAAGGGGGGGCAGGGGGUGCUGUGGAGGGGCCGAGGGGCCACACAGGAGGAGGAGGACGGAGCCACCUACCUCAGCCAGCUGCUGCACUGCUCCAGCCUCACACACAUCACAGAAGGACACGAGACAGGGGAGUUCUGGUCUGCCCUGGGGGGUAAGGAGGAGUACCAGACGUCCGACCGGCUUGAGAGUCAGACGCUCACCCACCCGCCUCGUCUUUUCGCCUGCUCCAACAAAAGUGGCAAGUUUGUGAUUGAGGAAGUGCCAGGCGAGUUGUCACAGGAUGACCUGGCGGAGGACGAUGUGAUGCUGUUGGACGUCUGGGAUCAGCUGUUUGUAUGGAUUGGGAAUGAUGCUAAUGAACUGGAGAAGACGGAAUCACUGAAAUCAGCGAAGGCGUACAUCGAGUCGGACCCAUCGGGCCGGGACAAGGGCACGUCGGUGGUGGUGGUCAAGCAGGGGCACGAGCCGCCCACCUUCACUGGCUGGUUCCUGGCAUGGGACGCCACACGCUGGGGCUCCGCCCACGUCGCCCAGGCCCUAAAGUCACUUAACAUGAAAUAGAGCACACACACACACACACACACUGGGGCUCCGACCACGCCGCCCAGGCCCUGGGGUCACUCAAGGUCAAAUAGAGCAGGGCGCAGCUGCAUGAGGCAUGGGCACACACACACACACACACACACACACAG